AAAAAAAAAUGGAAAUAAUUUACAUUGGGAAAAAAUGGUCCUGCAGGUCCUUGGCCUCUCGCAGACGGCGUCGCAGAGCGAGGUGACGGCCAAAUGGCGGGCGCUCUCGAGGGAGCAUCACCCGGACAAGGUGAAGGGCACGGAUGAGGAGCGUCGAGCCGCCCAGGAGAGGUUCCUCGAGAUCCAGCAGGCCUACGAGAUCCUGUCGAGCGCGAAAAACCGCCGGCAGCGCAAGAACAAAAAAUCCGAUCCGCUCUGAU